CCUUGACCCUUUUGGCUCUCAAGUCAUCUCAGCUGCUCCAGACCCCUUCACUUCCUCCCCACCCUGCCAUGAACUUCCCACGAAGGAUGUGUCUGCAGUGGUGAAUGACCCUUUUGCUCCAGGUGGGACUGCAGUGAAUGCAGACACUGAUCCAGACCCCUUUGCUGCUGUAUUUGGGAAUGAGACGUUCACGGGCGGUUUUGCAGACUUCAGCUCCCUUUCAAAGUCAAGUGGUGAUGACACGUUUAGUUCUUCAAACCUUUCAAGUAACAAGAACUUGUUCAAAGAAGGCAGUCAGCCAGGCAGCCCUGAGAUUCCACCAGCCCUCCCCCCCAAAACAGGCACCCCCACAAGACCCCCUCCACCUCCUCCAUGUAAGCGAUCCUCUAUCACUAGAUCAGAGUCUUCGGACUCCUUCCAUCGGAGGGCGCCAUUCUUCCCUCAGGGCUCUGCAGACUUCUCCUCGCUGCCGGCCAGAGCUACGCAAGACGCCUUUGCCGAUUCUUCACCGGGACAGCCUCCACAGGACCCCGAAAGAUUUACCAACUUUGACAAAGUCACGGAAAUCAGAGCUGUCCAUAGCCCUCGAUGACUGCAUGGCAGCUCUGGACCUCUUCCUGCAGAAUGACUUCGAGGAGGCGCUGUCUCGACUGCAUUGCAGAACUACAGACAGCAUGUACCAUGCCCUCACGUACGCCACCGUCCUUGAGAUGCAGGCGAUGAUGACCUUUGACCCCGCGGACAUAUCGGCAGCCGGAAACACCAUGAAAGACGCCCAGGCGGUGUGCCAGCGGUUCCGCAAGAAGUCUUCUUUCAACAGCAUGGUCAGCAGAAGCUUCACUGAAGAGGAGCUCCAUGCUGAAGUGUGCUAUGCAGAAUGUCUCCUACAGAGGGCAGCACUCACCUUCCUUCAGGAUGAAAACAUGAUCAGCUUCAUUAAGGGAGGAAUCAAAGUGAGGAACAGCUACCAGAUAUACAAGGAACUGCACGCGGUCCUUCUGUCGUCCACCUGUGUCCAUGGGGACAGUCAUGGUCAUUUUGAAGGAGGGGUGAAGCUUGGAGUAGGAGCCUUCAAUCUGAUGCUGUCUAUGCUGCCUUCAAGAAUCCUCAAGCUGCUGGAGUUUGUUGGCUUUUCUGGCAACAAGGAGUUUGGGCUGCAGCAGCUGCAGGAAGGCUCCUCGGCCCACACCUUCCGGGCCUUUCUGUGCAACAUGCUGCUGCUGUGCUACCACACCUUCAUGAGUUUCAUCCUGGCAUUUGAUGCCUCCUCUGUGAAUGCAGGCACAGGCGAAGGGGACGUGGAGGAUGCAGAGAAGCUGCUGCAGCCCUAUCUCAAGCAGCAUCCAAAGGGAGCAAUCUUCUUAUUUUUUGCCGGGCGAAUCGAGGAAAUCAAAGGAAACCUGGAUGCUGCCAUUGCUCGCUUUGAGGAGUGCUGUGAGGCCCAGCAGCAAUGGAAACAGUUCCACCACAUGUGCUAUUGGGAGCUGAUGUGGUGUUUCACCUACAAGAGGCGCUGGAAGAUGGCCUACUUCUACGCUGACCUGCUCAGCAAAGAGAGCGCCUGGUCUAAGGCUACCUACGUGUACAUGAAAGGAGCAUAUCUCAGCAUGCUCACCAAUGAGGAGUGUCAGCCGUUUGUGGAGAGCGAAGUGGCCCUGUUCAGACAGGUACCUGGGCUAAAGCAGAAGAUAGCAGGCAAGUCUCUGCCUACAGAGAAGUUUGCUAUUCGAAAAGCCCGUCGGUACCUGGCCGAGACGCCCCACCCCCUUCCUGCACCCCCACUGGAGAUGAUGUACAUCUGGAAUGGGUACACAGUCAUUGGGAAGCACAAAGACCUGACUGAAGGGAUGCUGAAGACCCUGGAUGAAGCCCAGAAAAACCUGGACCAGCACCCAAAAACGGAGUUUUCAGUGGAUGACCAGUGUGUGUUGAGCCUCCUCAAAGGCCUGUGUCUGAAACACCUGGGGCGCCUGGAGGAGGCAGAACACUACUUCACCCUCGUCCUCUGCAACGAGACCCAGAUCCGACUGGACCACUACCUGGUGCCCAAUGCUCUGCUAGAACAUGGCCUGCUGUGUCUGGAGCAGGGCAGGCAAGAGGAGGCCAUCAAGCUCUUAGAGGCAGCCAAGCAGAACUAUAAACAUUACUCCAUGGAGUCUCGAACGCAUUUCCGGAUCCAGGCUGCUUUGCACAAGGCCAAGGCUACCCUAGAUAACGGAAUCCAUCCUUUGAUAUCCAGCUCCUGAUGUGGGUGUCAAAUUUAGGACUUAGCCUUGCCUCCAGCAGCCUGAAGAGCAAAUAUGGACCCUGUGGUGUCAGGGUGCUAAAUUGCACCCAUCUCCCAGCAAGCAGAGCUGAGGAACUAACCUCCAAUUGAGCUCUCAGAAAUAUACAUACAUAUGAAGAGAGACCUAUCAACAGAUGCUGCAAUAAGCAGAGAUGCUGAGACAGAAAAAUGCUGAAAUGCAUGAAGACUAAUUCUCAUAUAUAGGCUUCCAUCACAUAAGUGUAUUUUGUCUCUGUAGAUGUGCUUGUAAAAAAACUUUUAAUUAAUUUAAAUGUGAAAAAUAAUAGGUAAUUUGUUCCUGAGCCAUAAAAGCUUUACCUACUUUUUCACCAAACAUGUAAAACAUCUGCCUUAUCUUUUAAACAGAGAAAGUGUAAUUCAAGAUGAAACCCGGAACUUGUUCCAGUCACCUUUAAAUCCAGGCUUAAGACCCACAUGUUCAAAAUUUUGUAGAACACAUUUAUGUACUCUCUUUUUGUAUCCCUUUCCUGUUUUCCCCUCAUCAUUUAUCAUAAUAUUGUUUUCUCUUUUUAUUUUGUGCUUUUAUUCUAUUGUCC